AUGGGGUCGGCUUGCUCCUGGCCCUCACAGCGGGAAGGAGAGGCCCGUGUUGAAGGUCAGAGACGUCGGAAAAACCUGUGCUGGAAUUUCGAGUUUGUUUCUUUUUUCGUUUGUUUCUUUCUUUUUCUUUCUUCCUUUCUUUCUUUUCUAAAUUUUGUCUCUUUCUUUCUUUCUUUCUUUUCUAAAUUUUGCCUCUUUCUUUCUUUCUUUCUUUCUUUCUGUUUUUUCCAGAUUUUGUUUCUUUCCUUCUUUCUUUCUUUAUUUUCCCGAAUUUGCUUUUCUUUUCCAGAUAUUGCUUCUUUCUUUCUUUUUUCUUUCUUUCUUUCUUUCUUUCUUUCUUUCUUUCUUUCUUUCUUUCUUUCUUUUCGAGAUUGUUCUUCUUUCUUUAUUUUUUCUUUCUUUCUUCAUUUCUUUCUUUCUUUUCUAAAUUUUGCUUCCUUCUUUCUUUCUUUCUUUCUUUCUGCCUUAUAUUGGCUCACUCUGUUACUAUUAUUAUUAUUAUUAUUAUUAUUAUUAUUUUCUUCUUCUUCUUCUUCUUCUUCUUCUUCUUCUUUUUCUUCUUUUUCUUCUUCUUCUUUUCUUCUUCUUCUUCUUCUUUUUCUUCUUCUUCUUUUCUUCUUCUUCUUCUUCUUCUUCUUCUCUUUCACAAUUUUACUGAUAUCUAUAAAUCUAUUAUUUACAUCUUGCGAUUACGGACAUUCGGAGCAAGCAAAGAGACUACUUUUUGCAAAGAAAUGCCGGUACUUAUGUCCAGAAUAUAUGCGGAUAUUGUUAGCCUGUGUCUAUCAAUUAUUAUUUAUAGUCCUUUUGUCCUCCCAUAACUCAGACGUCGACCAUUUUCCUCACCUUCUCCGCCUUUUUUUUUCUUCAACCCGCCAUUAUUCCCCUUGUGUGUGCGUAUUUUUUCUUUCCUUAUCAUUCCCCCCCCUCUCCCCAUAUAGCUUAAUCUUUCUUUUCUUCCUUUUUGUCUAUUUUUCUAUCCUUCGGACGCAUUGUACAUUGUCUGACAUCUUUGUUUGUUAUCUUUUGAUAUAUUACAAUCAAAUCAUUCUUUCUUUCUCACUCUCUUUCUCUCUCUCUCUCUCUCUCUUUGUUUCUUUUUCUUUCUUUCACCCUCUCGCUUUCUUGCUUUCUUUCUGUCACCACAUAUCUUUUCUUUCUUUUUCUCUUUAUUUCUUUGUUAUUUCUCUUUCUCAACUCUUUGUUUCUUUCUUUCUUUUUCUUUUUUCUUUUCCUUUCUUUCUUUUUUCUUUCUUUUUCUUUCUUUCUUUCUUAAAUUCUAUUCCUUCUUGCUUUCUCCCUUUUCAAGAUAAUUUCUUUCUUUCUUUCUUUCUUUCUUUCUUUCUUUCUUUCUUUCUUUCUAAUAUACUCACUUUCAUUAUUUUUUCUUUUCUUUCUCCUCCCCAUUUAUUCUUUCUUUCUUUCUUUCUUUUUUUCUUUCUAUUUUGUCUCUCAUUUUCUUUUUUACUUAGAUAUUUUCUUGCUUUCUUUCUUUUCAAGAUUCUUUCUUUCUUUCUUUCUUUUUUUCUUUCUUUCUUUCUUUCUUUCUUAUAUACUCCCUUUCAUUAUUUUUUAUUUUCUUUCUCCUCCCCAUUCAUUCUUUCGUUCUUUCUUUCUUUCUUUCUUUCCUUCUUUCUUUCUUUUUUUCUUUCUUUCUUUCUUUCUUUCUUUCUUUCUUUCUUUCUAUUUCGUUUCUCACUUUCUUUUUUACUUAGAUAUUUUCUUGCUUUCUUUCUUUUCAAGAUUCUUUCUUUCUUUCUUUCUUUCUUUCUUUCUUCCUUUCUUUUUUUCUUUCUUAUAUACUCCUUUUCAUUAUUUUUCUUUUCUUUCUCCUCCCCAUUCAUUCAAUUCUUUCUUUCUUUCUUUCUUUCUAUCUUUCUUUCUUUCUAUUUCGUCUCUCAUUUUCUUUUUUUACUUAGAUAUUUUCUUGCUUUCUCCCUUUUCAAGAUAAUUUCUUUCUUUCUUUCUUUCUUUCUUUCUUUCUUUCUUUCUUUCUUUCUUUCUUUCUUUCUUUCUUAUAUACUCCCUUUCAUUAUUUUUUCUUUUUUUUCUCCUCCCCAUUUAUUCUUUAUUUCUUUCUUUCUUUCUUUCCUUCUUUCUUUCUUUCUAUUUUAUUCUUUCUUUCUUUCUUUCUUUCUUUCUUUCUCUCUUUCUUUCUUUCUUUCUUAUAUACUCCCUUUCAUUAUUUUUUAUUUUCUUUCUCCUCCCCAUUCAUUCUUUCGUUCUUUCUUUCUUUCUUUCCUUCUUUCUUUCUUUUUUUCUUUCUUUCUUUUUUUCUUUCUAUUUCAUUCUUUCUUUCUUUCUUUCUUUCUUUCUUUCUUUCUUUCUUUCUUUCUUUCUUAUAUACUCCUUUUCAUUAUUUUUCUUUUCUUUCUCCUCCCCAUUCAUUCAAUUCUUUCUUUCUUUCUUUCUUUCUUUCUUUCUUUCUAUUUCGUCUCUCAUUUUCUUUUUUUACUUAGAUAUUUUCUUUCUUUCUUUCUUUUCAAAAUUCUUUCUUUUUUCUUUCUUUCUUUCUUUCUUUCUUUCUUUCUUAAAAUCUGUCUUUUUUCCUUCUUAUCUUCCUACCUUGAAUUCUCUUUUUAUACUUUUUUCUUCACAUCCAUUCUUUCUUUUUCCUUUUCUUUUAUUUUUAUUUUCACAACCUUUUCUUUAUUUCAUUCUUUCAUUACUCCAUUUUGUCUUCCUCUUCCAUAUCCCACUUAUUCUUUUCUUUCCUUAAAUUAUUUCUUUCUUUCUAUUUCUCCACUCAUUCUCUUCUUUCUUUCUUUCUUUCUUUCUUUCUUUCUUUCCAAGAUUAUUUCUUUCUUUCUACCUUGUACAGCAAAUGACUAA